GAACGGCCUGCGAAAUCCCGACUUGCGACGGAGAAUGGCGGCGGUGCCGGGAAUUCCCACUGGGACCGCCUACUCAUCCUUGAGCUGCCAGGUCCGUCUGUCGCACGUGCGUAAUCUGUUAAGGCACACGUGUCACAUGCCCCCGCCAAAAUAUAUUGUCAUUCAUAAAUACGGAUCGCAUGCCAUAGUCAACGUGGUCACUCGUCGCUGCACAAAUCGCAAAAUGGGAGAAGCCAUUGAUUAUCGGAAGCUCCAAUCAGAUUUCCUCCUUGUCCUCCGUGGCAGGCGAGCCUCUGAAGUUCCGCUACGCGUGGAGCUCGCGAAGCCAGUGGCGAACCCUUUGUAUCAGGAUAAUACUCCACCUUCUGCUGAGGUAAGUUUGGAGUCGUCUCUGAAGGCGAACAUUGAAAACUUUGAACACUCGCUGAAGGAGGAAAAUCUCUAUUUGAUUACGGAGGAAGGAGAGCAAGGACGCUUGCCUGCGCUGAUUUUGAGCUUGAAGGAGAACACAAAUCAAAGAAGGCCAGCCGUUGUUUUUCUACAUAGCACGAACAAAUGUAAAGAAUUCUUACGCCCGUUGCUUAAGGCAUAUGCUUCACGAGGAUAUAUAGCAAUAGCCGUUGACUCUCGCUACCAUGGUGAACGCGCCAGCAGCACAAAUACCUAUCGGGAUGCUCUUAUUUCUGCUUGGAAAACGGGUGAGACAAUGCCAUUCAUAUAUGACACGGUCUGGGACUUGAUAAAAUUGGCAGAUUAUUUAAUUCAAAGGGAGGAUAUUGACUCUUCUAGAAUAGGAAUCACCGGGAUAUCUCUUGGAGGAAUGCAUGCAUGGUUUGCAGCAUUUGUAGACACCCGCUAUGCUGUGGUAGUCCCAAUGAUUGGUGUUCAGGGGUUUCGAUGGGCCAUUGACAAUGACAAGUGGCAGGCUCGGGUUGACAGUAUAAGGCCUCUGUUUGAGGUGGCUCGUGAUGAUUUGGGAAAGACUGCUAUUGACAAAGAAGUGGUCGAGAAGGUAUGGGACAAGAUUGCUCCAGGCCUAGCUUCCAAGUUUGACUCGCCAUACUCAAUUCCAGCUAUUGCACCCCGCCCCCUGCUUAUUCUAAAUGGUGCUGAAGAUCCUCGAUGUCCCCUCGAAGGUUUGGAAGUUCCAAAGUCAGAUGCACGGCAAGCGUAUGGAGAAUCUCACUGUCUGGACAAUUUCAAGCUGAUCGUGGAACCUGGAAUUGAGCACCAAACAACACCAUCCAUGAUGAAAGAAGCAUCUGAUUGGUUCGAUAGGUUUUUGAAGGCUUAGCUUGUGCCCUCAGAUUUCUCUCUCUCUAAAAUUCCAGACCAGCGCAUUUCAGAUUCCUUGGUAUAUGAUCCGUGGGAAAUAAUAGCUUGCUUUGUCCCUCAAUGUAUCCCCAGGACUUUCCUGUCUCUCAUUCUGUCAUUUAACGAUGUUUAGUGUGUGCUUGGUAAUCAGUUCAUUUUGAUCAACGUCUAUAUCCUCCUGAUGUAAUAAAAAAAUAAAGAUGUUUGAAUAGCGGUGGUUUCUUUCACAAAUAUGACGAAGUAGGAUUGUUUGAGGGGAAUAAAAAAUUAUAUAUUCGUUCU